GGCGAAUGAUUCAAUCAAUUCAGUCUUUGUUGGUUCGACGUCCUAUUCACAGCUCACACAACGAGAUGCCGGGAUCUAGGGUAUUUGUAUUUGUGAACUCUAUUGUUCUAUCCGUGCUAGCCAUUGCGGUAGUGUGUGAAGAGGAAGCAUGUGGCAGACUGGAUGAGAGACAGCUCUACACGAACAAGGUGUACGCCGAGCAGGAUGAGCAGCCAUGGCUGGGACGUCUUGUCUAUAAGAACAGUAGUGAGGCAUUCAUAUUUCAUUGCGUAGCCGUGCUCCUCAAUGCCCGGCAUGCCCUGAACCCCGCCAGCUGUUUCUAUCGAAACAAAAAACCACACACGCCCUAUGCGGUUCUGUUCGACACCUCCGACUGUGAGUCCAGCACACACACAAAAAUGUUCUCGAUUGACAAGUUUAUUGUGCAUCCCGACUACAAUAUCAACACACUUGGGGAUGACCUGGCUGUUAUCAGACUGGAUCGCGGUGUGCCCUUCUCUAUCUUUGCUCAGCCCAUUUGCAUGCCACAGCCCUGGGAGGGUCCAACUACUUUUGUUGCAACUAACGUGGACCUGAUUGGUUACGAUGGGCAGGACGGCAAGAAAAUGCAUAGCCUCCGCAUCAAGACUUAUGCGAACAUCCGCGAUAAGCAGUUUUGUAAGAAAAGCUACGAGCUGAUCACGGAGCAUCAGAUGUGCGGACAUGUUGAAGGAGCGGAUCUGCAGUAUGGGUCGGCUUUGGUAGGCGUUCGUGUGGAGAACGGCGUGCCCAAAAACUACUAUCUUAUCGGCAAUUUGAUGGGCAGAUUUGAAUCGUACCUCGAAGCGCCAUACCUGUUUAUGUUUAUUGCCCCAUACAGUGAUUGGAUUUUGGAUAAUAUUCAGGCAAUUUGAUUUUAUAUAUAUUUUUUUUAAUUUAUAUUGUUAUUUGAAAAACUUUUUGAAUGUAAAGAGGAAUCGAUAUAUAGAGGACAUAUAU